ACGUCAAAACCUGCCAGCCAGAUAGAAGCCAUGCCUCCAAACAUGUCUUCUGGUCAAUCUCAACCACCCUCAUACAAUCCUGCCACUUGCCAUCCAGUUUUCUUUUCAGCUUCCUUCCACAAACCACCUUUCUCUAUCCCGCUUGUGCCGUCCUCUGGUUUUCACCCUUCAGCCACUGGUUAUGUU